UUUUGCUUUUUCUUCUGGGCGGCGAUGCAGCGACCAAAGCUAGCUAUGACAGCCAACAUUUACUGCCGACAUGAUUCCCUCAGCAAUGUUUUAAGUUUUUCUGGUAACAAGAAAAGUGUUUCUGGGGGCAAACCGUAGCUGCAACAACUGUCACGCCGAGCUGAGUAGCAUGCUGGACGUGGGGAAGUGGCCAGUGUUUGCACUGCUUCCUCCUGAGGAACUACGGCUUAUUCGGCAGGCUUGUGUCUUCGGCAGUGCUGCAAACGAAGCUCUCUAUGUCACUGUUAAUGAUGAGGUCUUUGCCUUGGGCACCAACUGUAGCGGCUGCUUAGGCCUCGGAGACCUUCAAAGCACCAUUGAGCCGCGCAGGAUUGAUGUCUUGUGCGGAAAGAAGAUUGUGUCCCUGAGCUAUGGUACAGGACCACAUGUGGUCAUCGCCACUGCAGACGGGGAAGUGUUUGCCUGGGGCCACAAUGGCUACAGCCAGCUGGGAAAUGGGACCACCAACCAUGGUCUGACCCCCGCCCUGGUCUCCACCAACCUCAUCAGCAAGCGGGUGACGGAAGUGGCCUGUGGCUCCCACCACACCAUAGCGCUCACCAGUGAUGGAGAGGUGUAUGCGUGGGGCUACAACAACUCUGGCCAAGUGGGUUCUGGGUCGACUGCCAAUCAGCCAACACCACGUCGGGUUAGCAGCUGUCUGCAGAACAAAGUAGUGUACAACAUAGCCUGUGGCCAGCUCUGCUCGAUGGCUGUCCUGGACAAUGGAGAGAUUUAUGGUUGGGGCUACAACUGCAAUGGGCAGCUUGGUUUGGGAAACAACGGCAAUCAGCAGACGCCGUGCAGGAUCGCUGCGCUGCAAGGUGUCAAUAUCGUGCAGGUAGCGUGUGGAUAUGCGCACACGUUGGCACUUACGGAUGAAGGAUUUGUUUAUGCUUGGGGAGCAAACUCCUAUGGACAGCUAGGAACAGGCAAUAAAAGCAACCAAGCUCUCCCCAUCCUAAUAAAUACAGACAAGGAAAGGAUGGUGGAGGUGGCUGCGUGUCACACCAGCCACACGUCAGCUGCCAAGACGCAGAGCGGGCAGGUUCUGAUGUGGGGUCAGUGUCGAGGUCAGGCCGUGUCCAGCCCUCACCUCACCCACUUCAGCAGCACGGAUGACGUGUUUGCCUGCUUCGCUACGCCAGCCGUCACAUGGCACCUCCUCUCAGUGGAUGGAGAUGACUACCUGACAGUCGCCCAGUCUUUGAAGAAGGAGUUUGACAGUCCAGAGAUUUCUGACCUCAAGUUCUUAGUUGAUGGGAAGUGCAUCUAUGUCCACAAAGCUCUUCUGAAGAUCAGGUGUGAGCAUUUCCGUGCUUUGUUGAAUGAAACAGACGAAGAUGUUAUAGAAAUUCACCAGUUCUCGUAUCUAGUGUACAGAGCCUUCCUGGAGUAUCUCUACACAGACAAUAUUAACCUGCCACCAGAGGAUGCUAUUGGGUUACUUGACUUAGCCUCGUUUUAUCGAGAGACAAGACUCAAAAGAUUGUGUCAGGAAACAAUCAAGAGGGGCAUCUCUGAAGAGAACGCCAUCACUCUGCUUUCUGCCGCCGUCAAGUAUGAGGCUCGGGACCUGGAGGAGUUCUGCUUCAAGUUUUGUGUCAACCAUCUAACGGCUGUCACUCAGACCCAGGCCUUUGGGGACAUGGAUCAUGACCUGCUCAAGAACUUCAUUAGCAAGGCAAGCCGCUACGGGGCCUUCAAAAACUAGCGCGGCCCUUGCGGCGGCGGAUUCCGGAUGAUUUGUUUUGAUUCUGCAAAAGGAGAGCCAACCAAA